CUCUCCACACUUGCCCCUCCAGCUCUCCCCCACCAUUAGGGCCUGGGCUGGUGAGAGCUACUGAAGGAGGGGAAAAGUGCACCCCCUUCCAGCCCCCAUAUAGGUUCUUAAUGCAGGACUCACAGAGUUUGUCUAGAGAGAAAACGCUGGAGGGGGUGUGUGAGAGAGACAGAUCCAAGAAGAGAGGGGAAAGCUAGCGGCGCGGGCGGUCUCCGGAGGGAAGCCGUCCCACCUGCUGCGGGGGGAACCGCCGCUGCGCGCCCGCCUGCCUGCCCCGCCCCUGACCGGCCACCCGGGAGUUCCCGCAAGUGGCCCCGCGCCCAGGCCGCGCGGGGGGCUGUUCGGUUGGAGGCGGGGAGCAGCCGGGGCACCAAAAUAGGAGCCGCUUGUGGGCUGGAGCUGCACUAGCAGGCAGCCUCCGCCGCGCCUCUUCCAAAGAUGGUCAGAGGGUCCGGAGGCGCCCCCGCCCCCGCUCGCCGCUAGCCCGCGGACCAGCACCGCGUCCCGGAGCCGCCGCCGGAGCCAUGGCUUUAAAAGGACAAGAAGAUUAUAUUUACCUUUUCAAGGAUUCAGCGCAUCCAGUGGAUUUUCUGGAUGCAUUCAGAACAUUUUACUUGGAUGGAUUAUUUACUGAUAUUACCCUUCAGUGUCCUUCAGGCAUAAUCUUCCACUGUCACCGAGCUGUUUUAGCUGCUUGUAGCAAUUACUUUAAGGCAAUGUUCACAGCUGACAUGAAAGAAAAAUUUAAAAAUAAAAUAAAAAUCUCUGGCAUUCACCAUGAUAUUUUGGAAGGCCUUGUAAAUUAUGCAUACACUUCCCAAAUUGAAAUAACUAAAAGAAAUGUUCAAAGCCUGCUUGAAGCCGCAGAUCUGCUACAGUUCCUUUCAGUAAAGAAAGCUUGUGAGCAGUUUUUGGUAAGGCACCUGGAUAUUGAUAAUUGUAUUGGAAUGCACUCCUUUGCAGAAUUUCACGUGUGUCCAGAAUUAGAGAAGGAAUCUCGGAGGAUUCUAUGUUCAAGGUUUAAGGAAGUAUGGCAACAAGAAGAAUUUCUGGAAAUCAGCCUUGAAAAGUUUCUCUUUAUCUUAUCCAGAAAGAAUCUCAGUGUUUGGAAAGAAGAAGCUAUCAUAGAGCCAGUUAUUAAGUGGACUGCUCAUGAUGUAGAAAAUCGAAUCGAAUGCUUAUAUAAUCUACUAAGCUAUGUCAACAUAGACAUAGACCCAGUGUAUUUAAAAACAGCUUUAGGCCUUCAAAGAAGCUGCCUACUAACCGAAAAUAAGAUACGAUCUCUAAUAUACAAUGCUUUGAAUCCCAUGCAUAAAGAGAUUUCCCAGAGAUCCACUGCCACAAUGUAUAUCAUUGGAGGCUAUUACUGGCAUCCUUUAUCAGAGGUUCACAUAUGGGACCCUUUGACAAAUGUUUGGAUUCAGGGAGCAGAAAUACCAGAUUAUACUAGGGAGAGCUAUGGUGUUACAUGUUUGGGACCCAACAUUUAUGUAACGGGGGGUUACAGGACCGAUAACAUAGAAGCUCUUGACACCGUGUGGAUCUAUAACAGUGAAAGUGAUGAAUGGACGGAAGGCUUGCCAAUGCUCAAUGCCAGGUAUUACCACUGUGCAGUCACCUUGGGUGGCUGUGUCUAUGCUUUAGGUGGUUACAGAAAGGGAGCUCCAGCAGAAGAGGCUGAGUUCUACGAUCCAUUAAAAGAGAAAUGGAUUCCUAUUGCAAACAUGAUUAAAGGUGUGGGAAAUGCUACUGCCUGUGUCUUACAUGAAGUUAUCUACGUCAUUGGCGGCCACUGCGGCUACAGAGGAAGCUGCACCUAUGACAAGGUCCAGAGUUACAAUUCAGAUAUCAAUGAAUGGAGCCUCAUCACCUCCAGUCCACAUCCAGAAUAUGGAUUGUGUUCAGUUCCAUUUGAAAAUAAGCUCUAUCUAGUUGGUGGACAAACUACAAUCACGGAAUGCUAUGACCCUGAACAAAAUGAAUGGAGAGAGAUAGCUCCCAUGAUGGAAAGGAGGAUGGAGUGUGGCGCUGUCAUCAUGAAUGGAUGUAUUUAUGUCACUGGGGGAUAUUCCUACUCAAAGGGAACAUAUCUUCAGAGCAUUGAGAAAUAUGAUCCAGAUCUUAAUAAGUGGGAAAUAGUGGGUAAUCUUCCAAGUGCCAUGCGGUCCCACGGAUGUGUCUGUGUGUAUAACGUCUGAUUGAAUCCAUAGAAAUGACCAAGUAAUCACUCUUUCGGGGUGUAGUAAAAAAGAAUGCAGGGUGACCGGGCACAUAAUAGGUAAAUUCUCACUCUAUACCCCAACCCAGUGAUUAAUGGUCAAGAAAAAUCUUAUGUAUAUUUACAGUUGAAUCAGUGGGGUUAACACCUAUAAUCUCUGCUUUUCAGAGGUGAUAUGGAAUGUUGGACACUUGGUAAAAGGAAAAUACCUUUGUAGUGAAUUUCUUCUCCUGGUAGCAUCAACACUGGGUGUUAAGUCAAAAUCAUUCUGUGGAAUGAAAUGUCUCUUAUAACCCUGUAAUGUACUAGACAGUGUACAGUAAGGUUCCAUUUAGCUAGCAAGGAAUUUGAAAUUUAAGGAGGGAAUCUUCUCUACCUCUAUAAAAUCAACACUUAAAGAAAAUUUUUUUCAUCUUUAGAAUUAUUUAGUAUGUGGACUUACUUUAAGUCUAGUUUUUUUUCUUUGUAUUGUGUAUAAUUUAUUGUUAUUGUUCUUUAUUUACUGACUACCAGAGAUAUACAAGAUACUGUGCAAAAGAUUAUUACUGUUUAGAGUUUACAAAGUAAAUUUAAAAGAAUGGCAAAUCUGAAAAAUUGCAGAGAAAAUAGUCAAACAUUUCCUGAUGUUAAGAGCUAUUUUUAAAUUUUAGCUUUGCUGUAAAUUGCUGGUUUAGGAGUCUUUAGUUUAAGCAUGUUAGAAAAUCCUCUUUAUUCUUAAGUAUAGAUAUAUGUCUGCUUAUAAAAUUGAAUUUUAGAGUCAGAAAGCAUGUAGAAGAGUUUUGAUAUAGUAGAAAAUACAUUGAUGAGAAAAAAAUCUGCAUUCAUUUCCCAGCUCUGCCACUAACCAGAUUUUGUGACUUGGGUUGAGUCACCUAACUGCUCCUCAAUUAGGGCUUCCCCACACAUGCACAUUGGCACUUUGGGUCAUAGACAUGCCUACAUGUGGAUCCCCAUAACCCUUGGGGCAGCCAGAGGUGGCCUGGGUGGCUGGUGCUUCUCGGCCAGAAACACCUUUGUCCAUUUUCCCCAGUGUGCCUACAACAUCACUCUCCAGGUGGGCCGUAACUUGAGAAAAGUUGGGAAGCAAUGCUUGAGUUAACUCAUCUAAAUUUUUAGUAAUCUGUUAGACCAUCUAUCUACCCUCUUCAUUUUUUUAAAGAGACAAUUAUUUUUAACUGUAAAUCUAGAAGUUUAAAACUACCUGAUGCUUCUGAUUUUUUUUUUAAUUUUAGAAAGAAACUGUUUAAUGCAUUCAUUUCAGAUGUUAUUUUAAAUGGAUAUAACCCUUUGGGAAUGCAGUAUAGUAUCACAUAGAAAGAGCCAUAAAAAUGACCAUACUUUGCCCCAUAAAUUUUACUCCUAGAUUUGUAACCUAAAGAAUAAUAUAAAAACAAAACAAACAAAAAUGGUAAAUGCAUGAGGAUGUUUGUCUGCAUUAUUUAUAAUAGCAAAAAAUUAGAAAUAAUCUACCUGUCAAAGAAGAAAGUGGGCUGAUAAAAAUAGUGAAGUAUUAUACUGCCAUUAAAAUAGUUAUUUGGAAGACUGUAGAAACUUGGAUGUGUCUGUGAUAUGGUAAGUAAAAUAAGCACAAUACAAAAUAGUCUGCACACUAUGAUUGUGUUUGUAAAAUCUUUAUGCAUGUAGACGGUAAUAUGCAAAACAAAUUCAUUGUAUUAGUGUACGGGAUAUGGAAUGAUUUUUAAUUUAUUUAAAUGUUUUUCUUUAAUAUUACUUUGUAUUUCCAAUAAAAAUAAAUAAAUCACUGUGUACGUGGAAAACUGCUUGAA